CUCUUAUCUUAACUUCUCUAUACUUACUUAAUUAUUCCGAUCCUUUUUAAAAAGGGGAAAUGGGAAAUUGUGUGAAUAAGGGGGGAUCUUCAUCCAUGGUGUGGGCUGCCGAGGAUGAGGGGGAUGAGUGGCAAUGGGUAUCACAAGAAAAGAAAAUUCAGAAGAGUGGCGGUGAAAGUGGCGGCGGGUUAGUGGUAGGCGGUGACGGUGGUGAUAAAAACAGUAGCGCCACCGCACCGCCCACGACGUUGAAGAUCACAAUCUCAAAGAAGCAGCUCGAGCAGCUGCUUCUGCUGGCGAGGAAAGUGGAGAAUAGUAAUACUUCUAAUCAAGAAGAUCAAAUACUCUUGGCUAGAUUGUUGGCGGAUUCCGAUCAGCACGGCGGAGAUAAGGUGGCGAGGCAGCAGUCAUGGAGGCCGCGUUUGCAAAGCAUUCCGGAACUCAGUUGAACCGCCGCCCGGCCCGGAGAACUUUUUGUUCUUAGUUGGUGUACAUAUAUAUACAUAUACGAAUUGAAUUAUAUAGUCAUCGAUCGAUAUGUAGGUUGCUUGAAUUGGAUUAUUGGUGAGAAUAUUAUUUGGUUAUUAGCAAUGCAAUUUGUUGCAUGUAACUUUAGCA